UCUUCUUCUUUGAAUCCUUUUUGAAGUAUCCUCACUUUCGAAAGAGAGAAUAAUUGUAACACUAUGGACUCGGGAGACAAAAACUCCAUCGAAGAAACACCAGCUUACGCGGAACCCCUAACUCCCAUCACUAAUGGAGGAGACAGUGGAAUCAUUGCAGUAUCUCCACUAUGUGACCACUACAAUGAUCAAAUGAGGAUUGAUGAUUCUCCUACUACUUGUUCCGAUGAAGAAAUCUUCGACUCUUUGUAUCAAAACAUCUUUAGUAUUGCUCUCUCUCUCCAAAUAGAGGAAUCUGGUUGUGGUUCUCACACACCUCUCUCUGCGCCUUGCCCUGGAGCUCCCAUGAAGCUUACCAAGUUAUCAAGAAACAUCGAUCCAGGAUUCCAAAGGAAACUCUUUUGACAUGAUACUGCUUCUUCUUCUUUUUUUUUCUUUACCUUUUUGGUCUUCUGUUGUGGUACUCUUGUGUUGGGAAAAAAUAGUUGGUGUUGUAUUUGUGUUCAUGUGUAUUGUGAUCCUAUCUGGAAAUGUCCUCAAGAGAUAUAUUUGCAUCUAA